UACGAUCAGUGAUGGAGGACGAUCUAGGGAACCCUGUGGCUAAGAAGACUGAGGAGGAGUCCAGUUGUGUCCUUCUCACUUACUUCAAAGGAGACAUCAACAGCAUGGUGGAUGAACAUUUCUCCCGUGCUCUGAGUCAAGCAGCAAAACCGAAGGGAGAGUGCUCCGAAAUCAAAAGAAACCGUAAAGUUGCUCAAACAAAUGGACUUGGUUCAAGUCAAUGGGAGGCACAGUCACAAACCAGGUUUCAUCCCUUGUAUCCUCCAGAACAUCUCCGGUUAGGAGCAAGCAGCGAGUCUCAAUCAAACCAUCAUAUGCCACCAAGUCACACUGCAAACAGUGCUGCUCUGUGGUCAGGAGAUUCUAGGCAGGGAUUGAGUCUCGCUCUGCCCCCCAUGAUGCCUUACCCCUCAGCUGUAUCCUCUGAUGAUUUGAUGGUGGCAGAACACCAGUACUCUAAUUCUCUGUUAAACAUGCUCCACAACGAUCACCCUGACAUGGGCACAGUGGUGCUAUCCUCCUCCAAACAAGACCUCAUGUCUGGAUGGACCAAGUACCCAGGAUUUGGCAAUCAGAUGAAUUGCAAUAUCAAUCUUAACUCUGGUGUACAGGGGAUUGAAAAAAAGGAUCUUUAUUGGUAUUAACAAUGUUAUUUGAGAUUUAAAAGGAAGAACAAAGAAGUCUUUCAUCACUUUCUUGUUUAACUGGACCCUGCGAUGCUUCUCCUGUAGGCGUCUUUACAUCCAACCUGUUCAGAAACAAGCUCUUCAUGUACCAAAGCACAGAAGAAGAUUGUACAAAAGAUUGGCCUCAGGCUCUAUAUGGUUAAAGACGUUUUACACGCACACUGAAACACACACUAAAUCUGUUUUUCCUUUAUUAUUAGAGUGUCUGGUGGAGUUUGUUAUUCUUGUAUUUUUUUUUAUAGAAAACACCUAAUAGACUUUUUGUCUGAAAGCUAUUUUUGUUGCAUUUAAUUUGUCAGAUAGGCUGCUCUGGGUCUAAAUAACUUUAAAUGAUUUGAAAAAUUAUUACAAACAUAAUUACAUAAAGAGAUGUAUAAAUGUACAAAACCUAAAAGUAUAAAGAGGUUUUAUAUGGGCUUUAUUAUAAGUGAAGGGAACAUUACACAACUUGUCGAUGCCAUCAAUUCAGCUGCUUUAAGUGCCAGACAAUACAGCAUUGGAUUUGUUGUUGGUCUUUAAUGCACACAACAAAAGGAAGCUUAUUUAUUUUGUUGUCCUAACCAUGCACAAUUAUUAGCAUUGUUUUUCCCUGCUGUUGUUGAUAAGCUAUUCAGAAUAGAACUUCAAGACUUUUUAGGUCACAGACCACUUGUUGAAAAUCACUUUUGGUAUUGUAUUAUGUAAAUGCUAUUGUAUUGUAUUUCCAUAAAUGUAACAUGACAGCAUUUCUUCAGUGCUACUCAAAUACAUUUCAUUUGUU